AUGUUCGUUAUUUCCGAGGCGACUUUGCGUACUACCACGUUCACUUGUUUUAGCGCAUUCAACAGGAUAUUCGGCAACUCGGGCGCGUGCUCGGCGUGCGGCCAGUCCAUCCCCGCCAACGAGCUCGUCAUGCGCAGCGGCUCCGGUUCAAAUCCGGGGCAGCCGCCCAUGCAGGCGCCGCCGCACGUCUUCCACCUCAAGUGCUUCAUGUGCAGCAAGUGCCUGAGCCCUCUGGUGCCGGGCGACCGGUACUACAUGCUGUCGGGCAGCCUGGUGUGCGAGCAGGACUGGCACAAGCUGCUGAAGAGCGCGGCCGCACCGCCGGCGGUCAGGAAGGGCAAGGUGGGCAGGCCGCGGCGCAGCAGGGAUUGA